CCUGUGUCUCUACACUCGCUGAGGUAUGCAUUCUCCCUUACGAUCUAAUGACCUUACUUAUGACUUGUACCAUAGACUCUGUCUUAUAGGUACAGCUAAUGAUACAGCUCCUGUGUCUCUACACUCGCUGAGACUCUGUCUUAUAGGUGAUCGCUACUGGUCGUAUCUCCACUGCGCGGUAUUGUCUGCGACAAAGUCAAUCACUGACGGGCAUCUGUCAGGCCAGGUCAGGCCAAUGCCACCAAGUCGCGGGAUUUGUCGGAGGAGAUCUUGGGAACCGAGUUCAUCUUGAAAUUACUCACAAUCACGUCGUCUACUAGCUCUGAUUGAAUGACCAAAUUGGUCCGCAACCGUUUUAGGGUUGAUUGGAGCUACGAAGAACUGUGCUGUUUGACGGCACUUGAAAUGACAGUAGAUCGCGAGAAAAGCCCGACGAACAGAAACUAUUGGGGUGAAAGAUGCGCCGUGAGAGGCCUCGGAGGUUACUGAUGGCCAACAAUUUUCACCCUCUGCGUAGGACAGCACUCAAUUCAAUAGACCGAUUGUGCAAAGCCACUGUGGGCCGCGUAGCGGCUUCACGGGCAUGUGGA